AUUAAUAAAGCCCCGCUCCCGCUUAAAUUCAAAAAUCAACUGCUCGCUCUCUCUCCGAAAAUGAUGUUGGAAGAUUCACAAGAACCGGUCUCUCUCGAUCAAGAAGCAGCUAUAAUCCAAUGCUCCCAAGGCCACCGGACCACCCUCUCCCUCCGCACCGAACAAGGCGGCUCGAUCUGCCUCCUCUGCCUCUCCAACCUCAUCUCCAACCCACGGACUCCCACUCUCCACGUCUCCUACGCUCUCUCCCAACUCUCCAACGCUAUUUCCCAACCUCUUUUCCUUAACUCGCUUCUUUCGUUCCACCCUCACUUCCUUAUUUCCCCUCUCCUCCACGCGCUCUCUUCCUUCGACGAUGAUCCUAUCGCUCAACAACUCAUUGAUAUAAUCUCCGCUCUUUGCGCCUCUGCUAAAGCUUCUGUAACUGCCGAUUUCGUUGCGCAAGUUGCCGAAAAACUCUCUUCGGGCGCGUUGGUGUGGAGCCGGAGGCAGCUUUAUGUGCUUCACUGCUUGGGAGUUCUGUUGAACUGUCAAAUUGAUGAUCCCUGUAUGCACAUCAGAGACAAAUUUGCUCUAGUAUCCAAUUUGGUAGCAGGUUUUCAAUUACCAAGUGAUGAAAUCCAAGGAGAGAUUCUUUUUGUUCUGUAUAAACUAUCCGUUCUUGGAUAUGCACCUAAAGAUUGUGUAGGAGCAGAUGUUCUUCGGGCUUUUUGUCCUAGUCUGUUGCGUCUGUCAAUGGAAGCCCUUCUGAAAACCCAAAGAGAUGAUGUACGAUUGAAUGGAGUAGCUUUUUUAACGCUCUUGGUACAAAUUGGAUUGUUUGGAAAUGGACAUGGAAAUGAAAUAAGCAGCACGAGUUCUGAUGAAGCAGACAACUUCAUGCAAACAACAGAAACCCCAUUGAGCGUAUUGUUUGCUGAGGCCAUCAAAGGUCCACUGCUUUCAUCAGACAGCCAAGUCCAAAUCAGCACACUGGAUCUGAUUUUCCACUACUUGUCAUGUGGAGAUGCUUCCAGCAAACAGAUUCAAAUUUUGGUAGAAGAAAAUAUUGUGGAUUAUGUGUUUGAGAUAUUAAGAUUGUCAGAAUGCAAGGAUCCAAUGGUCUACUCUUGUCUUAAGGUUCUUAAUCUCUUUCCCUGUACUGAGCAAGCCUUCAGACAAAGGCUUAUUAUUGGUUUUCCAACUCUGAUUCCAGUACUGCGUCAUGUGGCUGAAGUUCCUUUCCACCCUGCUCAAAUUCACAUAUUAAAGCUCAUACAAAACUGUGUUUAUGAUUGCCCUGGAAUAGCAUCAACCUCUAACAUUGAAGAAUUAGCUCUUAUUUUGUCAAGGAUGCUUGAAAGGCAUGGAGAUGGGGAAAUUGGCAUGAUUCCAGAGACAUUCCUAUUGGUUUGUUCUACCUUUGUAGUUCUUUUAAAAUUGCCAUCUUCUCGAGUGGCUUCAAAUCUGGCAGCAUUACUUCAAGAAUCAUUGAAACAUGCUGUUUUAGCUUGUCUGGCUAUCUAUGAGAAAGAUCCAUGUCAACUCUUGCAUCCUUUAUACCUUCUUAAAGAAGCCUAUUCAUACAGUCACGAAGAGUUUUUUGCAAACAAGUCCAGCAACUUGCAACUGCGAACUUGUGCCGUGGACAUAUGUACAUCACAUAUAUUACCUUGGUUUGCCAUGGCCAUUAAUGAAAUUGAUGAGGAAAUUGUCCUGGGGGUAUUGGAAACAUUCCAUUUUAUAUUGCUUCAAAGUCCUGAUAUCCAAGCAACAGAACUUGCAAAAGUCCUACUUUCAUCCUCUUGGUUCAGUUUGUCAUUCGGAUGUCUAGGAUUAUUUCCCACUGAAAAGAUGAAAUGGAGAGUAUAUCUAAUGCUCAGUUCACUUGUGGAUGUUCUUUUGGGAAAUCAAGCUGGACAACCCAUUAGAGAUGCUGCUUUGUUUCUUCCAUCUGAUCCUACUGAUUUGCUAUUUCUGCUCGGGCAGAAGAACUCCCAUAAUUCAGAUUUAUCUUCUUGUCAAGCAGCAGUUUUGCUGCUUUUACAUGUCAGUUGCCUACGUGAUGACUGGCUUGCAGAUGAGAGAUCGGUUUUAGCUUCUCUGGAGCAAUAUAUUCUUGUUAACAGUGUAGAUUUCCUCUCUGGGUGUGUUGACUCAUUUACAAUGAUGCAAGUGUUGAAUCUUUAUGGCCUAUGUAGAGGUCUUGCAAAGGUGAACAAUCAAGUCUCCCACAGCCUGGAAGCGGAGAGGAUCUUGUUCCAUAUACUGACUGAAAGUGAAUGGGAUUUGCCUUCUGCAACGAUUCAUCCAGUGGCAGUGAUAUGGUUGUUUCAACAAGAGAAAAUCAGCAAGCCUUUAUCUUGCCAACUUCUAAAAUUCUGCGUAAGACAUUGCUCAGAUGGAAACCAAAUAAUCAUCCACCAGGAUAAUAGCCACAUUAUAGAUGUAAGAGUAAUUGCAGAGUUGGUUGCAACAGGAAAUAACUAUGCCGCAGAACUUUUGAUGUGUUUAUUGGUACGGCUUACCGAAGAAGGAGCACAAAAUCAUGACAUUAUAGCAGUAGUAAAUCUUAUAUCAACAAUCAUUGACAUCUUUCCAGCUGCGUCGGACCAACUAUGCUUGCAUGGCAUAGGAAAUGCAAUACUAACGGUUGUUUAUCAUAAUUCAAGUCAUUCUUCUUCCUCAGAGUUACUUGUGACCAUCUUGCGUCUGCUAUUUAACAUUUUAAGUACAGUGCAUGCUGAAACACUUUCUGAUGGAGAAUCUUGGCUUCAAUUGUCUUCAAAGUUGAUAGACUACUUAAUUCCUGCACUCAGAAAGUAUGGCUGGAAUCAUGAAGGUUUACUUUUAGUGGGCAUUCUCUCCUUGAUUUUGCACCAUUCUUCCAAAAAAGUACUCAUUGAAGCUUCCAAAAGCAUAAUUUUUAAUGCUUCCUUGAUCUCUACCGUCAACAGCAUAGUCCAGGCUGCCUCUUCAAAGGGACCUGCUCUAAUCGAGUAUGACGAGGGAACAAGUUCAGGGGAAAAUCUAAUAUUUUUGCUUUUGUUAUAUUACUUCUCUUUAAGAUGCUUACGUGCUGUUCUACCAGAGGUUCUGGACUGGCAAACUUUCCUCAAAUCACCAAAUAUGAUACAACCAGUUUCUGCAAUCAACAUUCACUGCCACGAUUUGUGCAGGCUGAUACAUUUCGGAUCUCCAAUGGUGAAGCUUGUCGCUUCAUCUUGCCUGCUGGAGUUUCUUUCAGGAAUAUCAUAUCAGAAAAAAUGGAAACAUGAGGAGUUACAAUGCUGCAUGGGUUACCUAAUGUCCAUAAUGACUGUAUUAGAAGGUCUGGUAUUUUAUGAUGACUUUAGGGUGGCAAUGAACUGUUGCCUUUGCUUAUCAAUAAUUUUAGGGUGGGCACAGCCGGACAUGCAGGAAUCAGCAGCUGCGAGAAGUAAUUGGUACAGGCUAAUUGUGGAGGAAAUGACAAUGUCUAUGGCAGUUCCAUACUUAGCAUCAAAAUCAUUCUCUAAUCAUCACAAGCCAGCUGUUCAUGUAACUGUUGCAUUGCUAAAACUUCAGAAAAUUCCAAGGUGGAUGAGAACCGUGUUUGAUGGCCUUUCCAUAUCUGGUAUAAUUGAUAACCUUAAAGUGAUGGAUGUCAGCCCUGAGAUGGUGCUUUUAUUUAGAGCUCUCCUGAACUCUGGAUUCUUGAAGGCAGAGCAUAUAGCCAGUCUCAAUCAUGUGCUCCAGGCAUGCAGAAAACGCAUAUACAACAACAGUAAAGAACAUAUUAAGGACAAACAUGUUCAGAAGAUUGUCUCCUCGUCAGAUGAUUUGGGUGAAGUUUGUGAGUAUCUCAUUCACUUGAUGAUGUCUGAGUCAUCUUCAGACACCAAUUCUGGGAACAAAAGACUGUUUGAAGAAAUAGAAAUGUUUUUCAGCACUUUAACAUUAGAAGAUCCCCAAUGUCCUUCCAAACUAUCAGUUUGACUACUUGCUUCAAUUGAAACAUCACCGACGGUUGUAUCAAGUUGAGGUUUAACAGAGCCAUUAUCGGCCUCCCCUUGCAAAAUUACAGUGCUAGUCCCAGA